GGGAAACCUCACUGUGUGUAGCAAAAUGGCUUAACGUCAGGGUCCAUGUUAAACACUGUGAUGGCAUCUCCAGCCAAUCCACAAAGCGCAUUCAAGAUAUUGCGCCCUUACUGCGUGAAACUGACGCAGGAGCAAACCGUUCAAAAUGUGAAGCGCCUACAGGAACAGAUUAAUGAUGUUGAGGUCUCCACACUGCAAGAUCUCUUGGAGUACAUACUGUUUCCUCUGCGAUUCACCUUGAAAACGCCCGGUCUCAAAAAGCCUGGCCUGGUGCUGGCUGUGUUAGACUGUAUUUCCCAUCUCCUCUCGCUCACAUGUCUAAAAAACCCGGACACUCUGCAGGAGAUGUUCAGUGAGCUCUGCAGCUGCCUUCCUCCUGAUAAAACGGAACCAGUCUCCGAGGAGCUGAAGCUAAGUGUCGUCUGUGCUGUGCGCUCCUUGCUGAGCUCCUCCUGUGCAGAUAUCCUUCCAAUGCUAUAUAAGCCAACCCGACUUCCAGAACUGGGAUUCACCAUCACUCUGUUGUUAAAACUUGCAGAGUUUGAAAAGUCCCGGCAGAUCCGCUUAGAAGCGUUAUACUGUCUGGAGGCUUUGCUUUUCCACAAUGGAAAUCAAGAGUCUGGAUUGGGUGAUUUGUUUGCUUCCUUUCUUCCUGGACUAUGCACAGCCUUAACUAGGAUCAUUUGUGGAGAUCCAAAACAGGGGUAUAGAGUAACUAGUGGUGCUUUGAAACUCUGGGCUAAUACAGUUUGCACAGUGAUGUCUGAUGAAAGCCUAGCGAAGGUGGCUGAUAAGAAGCCUACUGUUCCAGGGGUUUCGGGGCGGGUAGCAGAGCUUCUUGUGCACAGGGAGAAGGACUGGGUCAAACAGACUGCUGGUCGACUCUCAAUUCAUCUGUCAAAAAUCACAGAGCACUGCACUUCUGAUCCCCACUGGAAAGUAAGGCUGUCGCUGGUCGAAUUGGCUCAAACUUUGCUAAAACAAUGCUGGGGCUCAUUAGGUGAGGCAAAUGGGAAUCUCCUGAGAAUUCUUGUGGGGCAUACAAGUGAUGAGAGACUUGAAGUCAGGGCAAGAGCGCAGGAGGUUCUGCUGGAGGUGUCCAAGGAAGGGCCUACAUCAAGGACACUGGGUGAGGUGUUGUCAGAGAACCUUCACUCUCUUGCAGUGAGUCUUCCUAGACUGCUCAGCUCGCAGGAUGACCAAGGAAAGCUGCACACUUUAGCACUUCUAAUAGGUUACAUUCAGUUACUGGGCCCUAGGCUCACUUUAACCUUAAACUCUCAUGCCCACCUCCAACGCCUAUCUGCUGCUCUUUUGCAGACUUUGGAGCUAGAUUUGUGCUCUGUUAAAGUGGUGGAGUCUCGGCUUCAAUCCUCUGUUGCUCCCCUUCAGCAGCAAAAGUCAGAGCUUUUUGCAUAUCGGCAAAAAAGUUUUCGCCUCUUUCGAGACCCCCGUGUUCUGUGUUGUAUUGAAAUGGUCUGUCGCCUGUUGGGAUACUAUGGGGAUCUCUGCUUACUUACAGACCAUUUCUUGGGACUGUACAGGGCACAAAGGUUGCCUGCCAUAAUUGUGCUGAAUCAGCUGGUGCUAGGAGCGGCUGGAAUUGAAGUGGAAGUACUUGAUGGGAGUAACAGGGCAAUGGAUGCAAGUGAGCUUCUUGACAUUGUACGCCCUCUUCUGGAAGAGUACAUAGAUCCAGUUAAUUGGCAUUUGCAUGCCUGUCAGAGCAGUCAUGAGCUAGGAAAUCAGUUGGCACUACUCAGCCUUAGCUCUUCUGCCAAGCCCACCCUCAGUGAUAUGAGUGCCAAUGCUUGGAAGCUUUGCCUUCAGCUGGAGGGCAUUUCCUGUUUUGCACGAGCUUUGGGACACUCUUUUCGUCAGUUGCUUAUAUCUGCACUGUAUCCAUUGCUAGAGAAAGCUGGAGACCCCUCACUGAUGGUCAGUGGAACAGCCAUGGCAUCAAUGGGGGAAGUCAGUCUGGCUUGUGGAUACCCAGAUAUCAGCCAGCUGAUUGAGGCCAAUGCAGACUACUUAGCAAGUGCGGUCUCGAUUGGACUGCGGCGCCUUCGGUGGAUGUAUGGGGGCCCGCCAUGUGUGCUGCAAGCAAUGCUCCAAAACUCUGGCCCCAGCCUUUUGCCACUGCUUGGGGAACUUUUCCAAGACUUGUUGUCAGCAUUGGACCAGUCUCAGGAAACCGGCGUCCGGAUUCUUCUGCCUGUGCUCAAUUCACUUGUCGAUCACUUAGGGAAAUGGUACCCACCAGAGGACAAACCUGUAGCCCCACAGUUGAGUCAAGCACAGCCCAGUGUUGGGAACUUGAUUCAGGAAAUACAGGACUUUCUUCAGGACCACAUAAAGCAGCAACAGCUGGCAAGGGGAGAGUUCAUAGAGGAGAAUGAAGAAGAGCUCCAAAUAGAUGAAGAAGAUGUGCCUUAUGAGCCCAAGCCUGAUCACGAAGAUGAGGAACCACCAAUACCGACUCAUGUCCAGCUCUCCAAAGAAGUGGCCGAGAAAUGCACACACUUUCUUUCCCACAGUGACCCACAAAUCCGAAUGCAGGCUCUAGACACCCUGCGGCUUUCCCUGCUGUCACUGCAAACACGGGAGAAUGUGCUGCUGCCUCUCGCUCACAAGAUCUGGCCCUGUCUGGUAAAGAGACUGUUACAGGAUGAGCCUCUCAUACUGCUGCGAGCAUUUCAGGUGCUGGUGUGCUUGGCUGUCUCAUGUCGAGACUUCCUCAGGCAGCGUGUGUGCAAAGAUGCUCUUCCUGCAUUUCUGAAGUCUCUGCGCUCUCAGGCUUCCAUCAGUGCUCGUGCUGGGCCCAUCUACACCCACACACUGGGCUUUAAACUGCAGCUGGCCUUGCUGGAGGGCCUGGGCACUCUCUGUGUGACUCUGGGACUAGGUGACAGCGAUCUGUUGGAGGUGAUAGAUUCGUGUAUGCUGUAUCUGAGCUCCAGACAGCCAAAGAAACUGCAGGAGGCAGCAAUAAGGUAAGUCGCUAAUCUAUAGCACACCGUACAGAUUCACACAUCUAAAGCGCACUAUAAAACACAGCUUUGUAGCACAGUGCUUUAGUAUUCUGUUUACAGUGUCCGGCAAUGCCUUCUCAUGCUCACAGACCUGAAGGUGUUUUCUUAUUUACACAAGGACCUGAGGGCAUUCCCACACAUAAAAUACCAGAGGCCAUUACUGCAUGCAGAGUACACAGAGAUCUUACAGCAUAGGUAAACUGCUGCUACACACCACUGGUGAAUAAAUAUUUUUUAUUCCUAUGCUUCAGUAUGUCUGAUUAUUAAAAAUAAGAAUAUGAAAUGUUAACCUUUAUUUUCUACGCUGAUUAAUUAUUCUCCAUAAUGAUAAGUCCAUUAUAUAUUCAACGCUUGAUACGCUAUAUUUUAAAUCAAGUUAAAGGGGAAGUACAACUUCUAGUAUGUUUUUGAAUUAUUUGCCAUCUUCUUCUAACUCCUUGCAGCUUACAAAUGGGGGUCGCUGACCCCGGCAGCCAGAAAACUAUUGUUGUGUGAGGCUUGCUAUCAUUACAUUUCUCAAGCAAAUAUGUUAUUUUACAGCAACAUGAAUGUAGUCUGUUCAUAAAAGAUUCCCUCAUUUAUACUUGAAUGGUGACAGCAUUUUCCUUUCUGUAUUAAACAUAUAUAUUGAAAUAUUCACAUUUCUCUUCUAUAAGUAGGCAUUCUAAUAUCCUUAUAAUUUACAGUUAGGGGGUACAUUAUCCCUUAUAAUACAUGAGUGAUACUCAGAGUUCCCUGUAUAACUCAGCCUGCAGCCUUGUGCCUUUUGGGUUACCAGGGCCAGUCAUGUUAAAAACAAGCCUUUGCACUCACUUAUUUUUCUUUCUUCACACAGCGCCUUCCUUUGUUUUGCGCAACUUGACCCGGAUAUAGUGUGGCUAUACCUGUGCCAAUGGAUGAACCCACUGUCACCUCCCCAUCCCUCUCUCACACCUCUGCCCUGGGCAUCUAGAGCCCGUGAUGAGUAUACACACAACACGUGCAACCUCUUGCAAAGGAUUCUGUAACAUUGUUUAGAUGAUGCCCAACUUGAAAUUUCUGUAGAGAGUGAACAUUUUGGCUUCGCAUUAUGAAAAAUAGCAGCAGCGGGUUGCAUUAGAAAGACUAUCAAUUGGGUUCAGUUGAAGCACAGACUACGGAGUUGGGAUUCCAGACGGCCCUGUUUGGGGGGAAAAUUAAAUGCACUUUUUGUUACAAUAAACCAAAUGUAAUUGUA